UAGACGAUCUUUGACCAGCUAUGUUUACCGGUAGUGAGUUGCGGCGGAGACUGUUCAGACCUGUCGUGAGUUUGUCUCUAUGGGGAAUAUGGAGAGCAGCAAGUCAGACUCAAAUAAAGGAAUGGUUGAAACUUGUAUUUUCUGUUGGAUAGCCAACGACCAAGACAAAGAAACGGAAGUUAUUAAACAGAAUAAGGAGCUGGUGUGUUUCAGAGACAUCAACCCCGCUGCCCCUCACCACUACCUGGUUAUACCCAGAGAGCACAUACACAGCUGCCUCUCCCUGCACAAGGCACACACUGGCCUUGUUAAAAGGAUGGCUGAAAUGGGGAGAGCUGUACUACGCGACCAAGGGAUCACUGAUAUGGAGGACAUAAGGCUGGGGUUCCACCAACCUCCCUACAUUUCAGUAGAUCACCUCCACCUCCAUGUGCUCGCCCCCACCAGCCAGAUCUCAAAGUACAUGAGUUAUAAGUUCAUUCCAAGGUCCAACAAUUUUGUUACUGAGGAACAGCUACGGAAGCGUCUAAAGAAUAAAACUCCACCAGUCCAGUGCAUCUCUGGAAGCUGACUGUGGUCUCUGUGAUCUCUGGACUUUGAAUUACUGCAGAGUGAUUUUUAAAAAGAGCACCUCUGAACUAGAAUCAGCCACACAGCCACUCAGUCUGGAAACUGAUCCUGUAAAUCAGAUAAUGAAGCAGAUACAUUCAUUAGUUUUGAGAGGAAAGUUAUAGCUAUACUAAGAUGUCACUGCAGAGAAAUUACUACAUGGGCUACACACAGCAACAGCAGACAAACAAGCAUUGUCAAAUGAGUUCCACUUGAAUUAUUCUACUUUUAUGAUAUAAGUGAACACCAUACAGUAUGAUAG